AUGACCGAACAUCUCCAAAGAACGAUCGAUGAACAGAGAAGUCAGCUCGAGAAUUACGAAAAGAAGUUGAAAGGUAAGGUGAAGUCUCCGUGGCUCUUUUAUUUCUUCUUUAGAUGUUGUUACCGCAUACAAAUCCUUGCAAGUUGAAAAGGAAGCCCUUCAAGUGGCUUUAUCAGCGAUAAGUGGAGAUAAACCAGAAGAUGAAUCCCAGGAAGGCAGUGAAAGCGAACCCAGGAAUGAGAUUGAAAGUUUGAAGCAGGCCAUAACGACAUUAACUAAGGAGAACAAAAAGAAAGAGAUGGCCUAUCAGGCGGAUAAAAGAUUGUUGUUGUCAAAAAAUGAGAAGUUACAAACGAUGGUCGAUAGCAUUACGGCCAUGAACGCCAAGUCCAAAGAUUUAGUAGGCUUCCUUGUCGCUAAAUUUAAAAUUUUUAGCCAAAAUACGUAGAGAAAAUACGGAGGCUGGAAGAAGAUAAAGAGAAAUUACUAGCUGAUCAUGGUGCUAUGCUGAAUAACAUGCAGAAAAGAUACGCCGAAGAAGUGACAAAAGUGAAGAAGUGCGAACAAACCGUAAGAUUACGUUUCCUUGGAUAAUAAUUUAUAGAUAUCUAAUCUUUACAAACAAAUCCACGAAAAAGAUCAACAAUUACAAGCUAAUUCAACUAUUAUAAAUCAGUUUGAGAAGGUGCAAGAUGAAAUGCUUAGAUGGAAAAAACAAGCGGAACACACGCCCAGAGAGAGUAUUCUCUUGCAUCAAUUGGAGGAAUUAAAGGUAACUUGGAUUUAUUUCUAUUUAUUGGUUUAGAAGUCACAUAAAGAAGAGUUGGAGUUGGAAAGAAAUAGAAGAUCUGCUUCGAAGAAUGUUGAUGAAAAUAAAGAAGGCAGAAUAUUCGAAUUGGAACAACGAGUAGAAGCUCUGAUGGGACAGAUAGCAUCGUUGGAACAUGACAGGGCCAAUCUGAAGGAGCAAUUAGAGGAGACUGAAAAGAGAGAAGUCAGUAAUUCUUCUAAUUCUAUCCAUGAUGUCAUUCCUCGAAAGAAUCUCAAGCUGGUGUUUGUCAAAACCUAUGAAAAAUUAAAGGCCGCAGAAGAUUUUGAUGUUUAUAGUGAGUUAAUUGGAUUAAUAUAUUGUGUUCUAAUUUUCAGAUGUUCUAUCGCUUGAAAGGCCAUCAGUGCCCCAACAGGCAUUGGAAUACAACAAUCAAGUUACUAAAACGACAACAAACUGUGAUAAAUGUACCGAAUCUUACAAGGAAUUGCAGUACUUCAAGAGUGUCAUAAACCACCUCCAGAAUCAAGUAAAGGUUUUAGAAGAUAAUCAUGAGCAAACAAGGAAGACGCAUGAAGACGUACGUAACUGACCGGAAGAUGAUUAUUUCAAAAGAUUUUAGGUGGCCAAGUCUUUAAGAAAUCGAAUAGUCGAAUUGGAAGAAAGCCAAGAGAAAACCUACACCGAUUUAACAAGUGAGACCAAACGGAAAGUUACAGAGUUGGAGCAAGAAAUUCAGAAGCAAAGAGAACGCAUGAUAACGGUAAUCGAAGAGAAGAACAGAGAAAUCGAGAUUGUAAAGUAAGUUGUCCUUGAUUUGGAUUAUACUAUUGUUUAGACAGACGAUAGACGAGAUGAGGAAAACCCAUUGUCACGACCCAGUCGAUCCCUCUCCUGAUCUGUUUAACAGUUCAGCAGACAAUAUGAGAGCCGUGAUGAAUAGUUCCUUUGACGAGGACACUUUUGCUUCUCAUGCAACCAGGAAAAGAUCCAAUGGUCAAUUUGGAGAGUUUAGGAAUGUAUAUUACGAAGAAGAGAUCCGGAAAUAUGAACAGGAGAUCAGUGAAUUACGGUAAGGUAAACAGGGUAGUCAGCGUGCAUUUGACGUUUUAGUAAUGUGCUGAGGCUGUCAGAGCUUAAGAUUGGAGAUAUUGAACAAGCAAGUCUGACAAAGGACAUGCAAUAUCUGCAGAUUAUUGAGGCGUUAAAGGAAGAGGUCAGGGUAUUGGAAGGUAAUUCUACUACGAUUUUAUAAUCACUUUUUAGGAAAAUUGAAUCUUCAAAAAGCUGAUACAAAUAUGGAAUAUCUCCGUAAUAUAUUCGUCCAGUUUCUGAAUUCUUCUAGUGCGUCAAGUCGGAAAUGUGUCCUCAGGGCAAUAGCGCUAAUUCUUAGACUAACACCCAAUGAAAUGAAGAAGGUAGAGAAAUGGAACAUAUAA